AUGAUUUCUCUUAGCUCAAGUUCGAUAGUGGCUAAAGUUGCAUUGCGACGCCCUUCUAUUGGCGAAAGCGACGUUAUCAUCUGUUUCACAGCAUCUGUCGCGGACGAUAACAUGGCAAAUUGUUCUUUAAAAGCGGACCUUGACGAUGUUGUUUUCGCUGUCAUUUGCUUAUGCGUAACUUGGGAUGACGAUCCAGACACUGUUCGCACUUCCAGACACUGUACGCUGCGUGCUAUCUAA